GAAAUUGGCACAUAUUGAAGAAGAUCUAGGAUUAGUUGGAACUCAAUUUAAUUGGAGUCUAAGUAUUUUCUUCAUUGGAUAUAUUUUAUUUGACGUUCCUUCGAAUUUCAUGCUCAUUAAGACAAAUCCGACUUUGUGGAUUCCUUUUAUUAUGUUAGCAUGGGGACUAAUAAUGACGCUUAUGGCAUUUGUAAAGAAUUUUUCAGGGUUAAUGUCGGCGAGAUUUUUUUUAGGUGCCUUUGAAUCAGGAUUAUUUCCAGGCGCAAUAUAUUAUAUAACCACAUGGUAUAAACGAUCAGAAACAAAUUCUCGGAUAGCCAUACUUUUUAUAGGAAAUAGUUUUGCUGGUUCAUUUAGCGGUUUAUUAGCAUAUAAUAUUGUAAGAUUAGAUGGAACGUUACGUCUAAAAGGGUGGCAAUGGUUAUUUUUUAUUGAAGGAUUAAUAACUGUUGCAGUCUCUAUAUUUUCUUAUUUUUUACUCUCUGAUUAUCCUGAAAAAACCAAAUGGCUUAGUGAUGAAGAACGUAAAUAUGCUAUUAGUCGAUUAAAAUAUGAUGCAGGAAAAGCUCAUACAACACACUUUGAUAAAAAACAAAUUUAUGCCGCAUUAACAGAUUGGGUACUUAUUCAAAUAAUUUAUCAUUUUUACCGUAUGACAGUUAAAUCACAAUUAUUAUCAGUACCACCAUUUUUUUGUGCUGGUAUAGCAACAGUAAUUGUAGCAAUACUUUCAGACCGUAAACGUAUUCGAAGUCCAUUUAUCAUCAUAUGUUCACUUAUUGCAAUUAUCGGUUAUAUCUUAUUAAUAGUGCCUUCGAUAGGCAUCCCCGGAAAAUACGCUGGUGCCUGUAUUGUUGGAUCUGGUUUAUCUCCAAUAAUUAUAACUUCAAUCACAUGGUUAACGAAUAACAUAGCAGGUCAUGCGAAAAGAGCUAUAGCGACAGCAAUGGUAAUGAUGUUUGCAAAUUUAGGAGGCGCAUUAGCAUCACAAGUUUAUCGGCAAAAAGAUUUUCCACACUACACCUAUGGGCAUUCUAUGUCUUUGGGAUUUUUGAUUGCUGCGACAUGUAUUACAAUUAUUCAAUAUUUUGUUUUCAAAACUUUAAAUAAGAAAAAGAAAGAAAAUCCACAAUCCUUUUUAGAAGGAAAAACUGAGGAAGAAAUUAAAAAUAUGGGCGACCUUCAUCCUGAUUUUAUUUAUAGUUUGUAAAUAUUAAUAUUUAAUCAAUUUAAUAUUUUUCCUUUAAUUAAAUCUUUAAACGAAUUUAAAACUUGAAAACUUGACAAAAAAAAGGAAAAUUUUAUAAUGACGUUCAAAAAGAUUAAUAA